UUAACUGUAUAUUUUCAGACACUUCCCUGUGGUGAUCAGACUGAAGUGGGGGAUAAGGGAGUUACUCUGAGUGGAGGACAAAAAGCCAGGAUUUCUUUAGCUCGAGCUGUUUAUCAGGAUUUUGAUAUUUAUUUGUUUGAUGAUCCCCUGUCAGCUGUUGAUGCACAUGUUGCCGAACACAUAUAUUCCAACUGCAUUAUGGGUAUUUUAAAAGACAAAACCCGUAUUCUGUGCACCCACAAAACACAGUUUGCUGAAAAUUGCGAUCAUUUGAUGAUUUUGUCUGAAGGGCAGGUGGUCAGCCAAGGUCCACCAAGCAAGACAUUGCAACUCUAUUUUUUGGGUAAUGAAGAAAGAGAGGAGGAUAAGCAAGAUUUUGCUUCAAUCGAUAAAGAAGUGAGUCUUGAAAGUAUUGAAGCUCAGAAAUUGGUGCAAGAUGAGGAGAAAAUGGAGGGUGUGAUUAGUUUUCACGUUUACAAGUCCUAUUGGAAAGCUGUAGGGCCAGUUUUAUCAGUUACAGUGCUUUUGUUUUGCUUUCUUAU